AUGAACACCAACGCUUCAUCUAGCAACGGCAAGCAAGCCAAUACACCGGCCGGGCGCAAACCAAGAGUGAAGAAGGAGGAGGGGACAAGCGCCAAGCGAAAUAAGCAACCGAGCUGUAGCCCAACCCAUUCAAACACAUCAGAUGAGGGAAUCGAAGAAAUCGAUGCCCCUUAUGUUUUGCCCACUGAUCCAAGCUUCAAUCCAUCGGAUUACAUCAAUCAGAAAACGCGUUUCUGGAGUUACAAGGAAUUCGAAGCAAUAUUCGACGCUUGGAAACGCCAACACCUUCAUCCAUUCCGUGUAGCAUCGUCAGAAGCUCUUCGCGAACCCGACGGCGAAGUCAACCUCCAAUUCAAGUACCGCUACGUCGUCUAUCAUUGCGCUCAUUAUGGAGAGCCGAGAAUGCGCGGUGUCGGAAAACGCCCGAACCAGAACUAUUUGCCAUGCGGAUGCAAGGCGAUGCUUCGCCUCAACUACAACUUCUCUGAGAAAUGCCUCAAGAUCACCACGUGCAAUCCGGUGCAUAACGACCACGAAGUGUCGCUUGAAAUGUACAACAAAGUCGCACAGAAAAUUCGCCGCAGUGUGAUAACCGGCAGGCGCAGAUCGAGGGCAGUCUCUGUGGUUCAACGGGAGGCUAACGAAAGCGGAGAAAACAACGAGAAUAAAGAGAACUUACCGGAGCAGCAGGGAGGAAACAGUAACACGGCGUCGUCGUCGCAAGCGACCUCCCGUGCACAAACACCGGGACAGCCUGGUCCGGCUCCGCCACCGCCACAGCUACAGCCACAGCUACAGCCACAGCCACAGCAACAGCCACAGCAACAGCCACAGCAACAGCAAAUGUUUGGAUUCAUGCCGCCGAUUGCUGCCCCACAGUUGAUGGCACCACCGCCUCCAUUGAACGCUGUCCAGCAACAGCUUCUUCAUCAGCAGAUGAUGGCUUUUCCGAAUCCGAUGCAUCAGAUGCUCGCUGCUUACCAGAUGCAGCAACAAAGUUUGAUUGCUACUUAUCUCACCAAUCAUAAAGAGAUGUCGGCUUUCACACCAGUUAUACAGAGCAAUGAGCAGUAUCCGAAGCCGUAUGGUGCGGAGCCGCUCACCGAAGUUGUUGAAUGCAAACCUCCAGCGAAUUUGAUCGCUCCCAUCCCGAUUCGCCCUACUGUUUCUCCGAUGGUUUCAAUGGCUUCGUUUGGUCAAAUCCCUUCAGCGUCGCCGGCUCAAGUUGCUCAAAUAGUCCCAGCAAACACUGGUACCGCAAAUCAUGAUCAAUCGGAAUUAUCAUCUCCCCCAGCUACCACAGAGAAUGGCGAAGUUCAAAAAGUUGUUGCUUCGUUGGAGCCUUUGCUCAAUAAUACAAGCGAGACCGUCUCCGAGGCUCGUUUGAAAGAGUUGCGUGAACUCGUCGCCAAAUGGGAGACAAAAUAA